UUUACAUAAAUUAACCUCUCCUUAAUGAUCAUGGCACUGAAGAUGCUAACAGCUACCAGUUGCUCUGUGAAGGCCAUGUUGCGACCUUCUACUCUCUGCCAUUUUUGGGAGAUGUUAUUUGGCCUUGAGACCUCACUGAGAAGCUUCUCUUUUAAACACGCUAUUCCUCCAUCAGCCAAGUAUGGUGGGCGACACACUGUGACGAUGAUUCCUGGGGAUGGGAUCGGGCCUGAACUUAUGCUGCAUGUUAAGACUGUGUUCAGGCAUGCAUGUGUGCCUGUGGACUUUGAGGAGGUGAUAGUGAACUCCACUUCAUGUGAAGAGGACAUUCACAAUGCCAUCAUGGCAGUCCGUCGAAACUGUGUGGCCUUGAAGGGCAACAUCGAAACUGACCACAACCUGCCACCAUCUCACAAAUCCCACAACAACAUGUUUCGCACCACACUAGAUCUCUUUGCCAAUGUGAUUCAUUUUAAGAGUCUGCCAGGCGUAGAGACAAGGCACAAGGAUGUUGACAUCAUAGUCGUUCGGGAAAACACAGAGGGUGAAUACAGCAACCUGGAGCAUGAGAGUGUGAAAGGAGUGAUUGAGAGCCUGAAGAUCAUUACCAAGGCCAAGUCAUUGCGCAUUGCUGAAUAUGCCUUCCAGCUGGCCCAGGAGAUGGGGCGCAAGAAAGUGAUGGCUGUGCACAAGGCCAACAUCAUGAAACUGGGAGACGGUCUCUUCCUCCAGUGUUGCAGAGAGGUGGCCUCUCGCUAUCCUCAGCUCACUCUCGAAAGCAUAAUUGUGGAUAACACCACCAUGCAGCUGGUAUCCCGGCCCCAGCAAUUUGAUGUAAUGGUGAUGCCCAAUCUUUAUGGUAACAUUGUCAACAAUGUCUGCACAGGGUUGGUUGGGGGAGCAGGUGUCGUGCCUGGUGCCAACUAUGGCCAUACAUACGCAGUGUUUGAAACAGCCUCAAGGCAAUCAGGCAAGAAUUUAGCCAAUAAGAAUAUGGCCAACCCUACUGCCAUGCUUCUGGCAAGCUGUAUUAUGCUGGAUUACCUCAAGCUCCACUCCUUUGCCAACUCCAUUCGCACUGCAGUCUUGGCGUCCAUGGAGAACAAAGAUGUCCAUACUCCAGACAUUGGAGGUCAGAGUACUACGUUGGAUAUCAUUCAGAAUAUCAUAAAUCACAUCAGUGCUGUCAAUUAAAUGGUCAUGACUUGAAGGCUGAGCUAAGUCUAAGUCCUCCUCACUCCUCCUCACCUUACUCUUCUCACUUAGAACCCCUAGCCUGCUAGGCUAGUGUGGACUCUGGAAUAAACUGACUCCUGCUCCAACUCAGAAGAAUCAGGGGAAGGAAAUCAAAUUUGAUUUUUUCUUCUAAAUUAAAAUCUCACUAAUGCCAGAAGCAUUGCUUGUUUAAAUUA